AUGGGCUACUUCGAUACUCCCGAGGAGGCGGGGCGGGCGUACGACAUGAAACUGGUAGAGCUGCACGGCGACGACGCAGCCAUCGGCAAGACCAACUUUGGCAUAGAGGACUACGUGCCCGCCCACCACACGGCCGCGGGCCGCGAGGUGCCGCCGGACGUGCAGCAGCGCUCGGCAGAGAUACAGCCGCCAGACUUCGGCAUGGGGCGGAAUCUUCUGCCCAAAAUGCCUGGACAGCCACAUGCUCAGCUUUUGCUCACCUCUUCAUGA